GAGGCCCCGCCCGGCGCCCCCGCGUGAAUCAGCUGGUCUGCGCCCGGCGCGGGAGGGGCGGAGCGCGGUCACGUGGGGUGCCGGUCCGUCGGUGCCGCCUCAGCCCCCUCAGGCUGUUCCCGCCGCCGGGUCCCUUCCGCCGUCCCCCCUGAGCCGCGGCCCCGGGAGCCGCUCCGGCACGGCAGUUUGUGGCAGUUCUGUUGUUCCUUUAAAGAGGAAUGAUCGGGUGGUGAUGGAGUGCUGCCACUGACAGAUGGACUCACAGGACAGCAGCUCAGGAGAGGCAGAAGGAGCCAAAGAGAGAGGCCUGGUCUAUGUUUGGAAGGCUGGUUCCUGCUCCGUGACCCCAGAAAGGCUCCCAGGCCUCUGUGGAAAGACUGUGUUACAGGCUGCCCUUGGAAUACAGCAUGGCUUGCUGCUAACAGAAGGUGGAGAGGUGUACAGCUUUGGAAAGCUGCCCUGGAGAUCAGGACUGGAGGAGUCAUGUGCUGGGAGUCCUGUCUUAGAAAAUACUUUGCUUGGGCAUCGUGUUAUUACAGUGGCAGCUGGCAGCUUCCAUAACGGAGCCGUGACAGAAAGCGGAGUGGUGUACAUGUGGGGGAGCAACUCUGCUGGCCAGUGUGCAGUCGCUGAUCAGCCGUGUGUGCCGGAGCCACAGCCCAUCAGUAUUUCUGAUUCCGAAACCAGCCCUCUGUUGUCAGUAAGGAUUUUGCAGCUGGCAUGUGGAGAGGAGCACACGCUGGCCCUGUCGCUGAGCAGGGAGAUAUGGGCUUGGGGGAGCGGCUGCCAGCUGGGUCUCAUAACAACGACGUUCCCGGUGAUGAAGCCGCAGAAGGUGGAGCACCUGGCAGGCCGUGUGGUGCUCCAGAUCGCUUGCGGAGCGCACCACAGCCUGGCCCUGGUGCAGUGUCUUCCCGCGCAGGAGAUGAAGCCUAUCCCGGAGAGGUGCAACCACUGCAGUCAGCUCCUCAUCACCAUGACGGACAAGGAAGACCAUGUCAUCAUUUCAGAUAGUCACUGCUGCCCGCUGGGGGUAGCACUGUCUGAUAACCCACCAGAAAGCCGUGGCUUCUGUCCUUCCUCGGAGACCCCAGAAGGCAAAAGUAUAACAGGUAGCCAAAGCGAAGACUGUCAGAAACCACUUGUGGAAGAGCAUACCCUUGUUGCUUUAGAAUCUGAUAGAGCAAGCGUGCUUUCCAGCAACAAUGGGCAGGAAGAUGGUGGAAUUUCUAGCCCUGGAAAUGUUCUGUUCCCAGAGAAAAAAGAAGUGAAAGAGUACUUCAUCAGUUUAUCAGAUCACUCAUUAAAUGAGAACCUGGAGAAAAACAUCUGCACAGAACCUGAGCAGCCUUCUCAAGAAGAGGAACUCGGUGCUUGUAUCCCUGGCCCUCCAGGUACCGGCACAUCUGCCUUGAACAGCUUGGUGGCCUCUUGCGCAUCAGCAGUUGGCGUGAGAGUGGCUGCUACGUAUGAAGCUGGAGCGUUGUCCCUGAAGAAAGUCAUGAACUUCUAUGGCACUUCUUCAAGUGAGCCACCAUCUCAGUCUGCUGGCGGGUCCCCAGGGCCUGAGGCUCUGAAGGACAGUCGAGAAGAGCAGGUCAGGCUGGAAUCCAUGCAGGGGAAGAAGAGUUCCAGUUUAGUAGAUAUUAGAGAGGAGGAAUCGGAAGGAGGGAGUCGGAGACUUUCCCUGCCCGGCUUGUUGUCACAAGUUUCUCCAAGGCUUCUCCGGAAGGUAGGGCGGGCAAAAAUGAGGACGGUAGCUCUGACUCCAACCUACAGUGGUGAGGCUGAUGCUCUUCUACCUUCUCUAAGAACGGAGGUGUGGAGCUGGGGAAAGGGGAAGGAAGGACAGCUGGGACAUGGCGACGUUCUGCCGAGACUUCAGCCGCUGUGUGUGAAAAGCCUAGAUGGUAAAGAAGUGAUUCACCUCUCUGCUGGUGGCAAUCAUUCCUUAGCACUCACUGCCAAAUCCCAGGUGUAUUCAUGGGGCAGUAAUAGCUCUGGCCAGCUUGGUCACUUGAACUCCCCAACAACGGUCCCUCGUCUCGCAAAGGUGUGUGGUGAUGGUGUUUGGAGUACAGCAGCAGGAGCAGAUUAUUCCCUCUUCUUAGCAGAUGAGGAAGACUUCCAACCUGGAUUAUAUUACAGUGGCCAGGAGACAGCAACAGACAAUAAUUUGCAUGAAAAUAGCUGUACUAAGAGUCCAGUUUUGUUACUAUCCUGUAGUAAGAUAGGGUACAUAAGCAAUGUGAUAGCUGGUGGUGACAACUGUUUGGUCUUAGUAGACAAAAACGUAAUGGGAUAUAUUGCCAGUUUGCAUGAGUUGGCUUCUACUGAGAGAAGGUUUUAUUUCAAACUGAGUGAGAUCAAAUCUCAGAUUCUUAGACCUCUUUUAGGUUUAGAUAACUUGGGCAAUGCAAAUACAAUCCAGUUGUUGCAGGAAAUGGCAAGCAGGUUCAGCAAGCUGUGCUAUCUCAUCGGUCAACAUGGAGCUUCUUUGAGUAGCUUUCUUCAUGGAGUAAAAGAAGCCAGGAGCUUGGCCAUCCUGAAGCACUCCAGUCUCUUUUUGGAUAGUUACUCUGAGUAUUGUACUUCAGUGACAAACUUCCUCGUCAUGGGAGGAUUUACGCUUCUGGCAAAGCCAGCAAUAGACUUCUUGAGUAAAAACCAGGAGCUGCUACAGAAACUGUCUGAGAAGAAUGAGGAAAACCUCCAGCUGGUGGAAGUUCUGAAUGCUCUGUUUUUUAUGCCAUUUGGACGGCUUCAUAAUUAUGCUAGAACUCUGCUAAAGCUUGCCACGUGUUUUGAAGUGGCAUCUCCAGAAUACCAGAAGCUACAGGAUUCUAGUUCUUGUUAUGAGAACCUCGCUGUCCAUCUGAGCAGGAAAAGAAAAGAAGCAGAAUACACGCUUGGCUUCUGGAAGACCUUUCCUGGGAAAAUGACGGACUCCUUGCGGAAGCCAGAGCGUCGUUUAAUCUGUGAAAGCAGCAAUCGGGGCUUGUCGCUGCAGCACGCGGGAAGAUUCUCUGUCAACUGGUUCAUCCUCUUCAAUGAUGCUCUGGUACACGCUCAGUUCUCAACACACCAUAUUUUUCCCUUGUCCACACUGUGGGUAGAAGCUCUUUCAGAAGAAACUGGUAAUGUGAAUGGAUUGAAGAUUACAACACCAGAAGAGCAGUUUGUCCUUGUUUCUUCAACCCCCCAGGAAAAGACCAAGUGGCUGAGGGCGAUAAGCCAAGCGGUGGAUCAGGCCCUUAGAGGGACUGCUGACUCAAUUCUCUAUGGAGCUGGUGGGAACGUGCCAAGACAGGAACCUCCUAUUUCCCGCAGUGCCAAAUACACCUUUUACAAGGACCCUCGAUUUAAGGAUGCUGUUUACGAUGGGAGGUGGCUUUCAGGAAAACCCCAUGGCAGAGGAACGCUCAAGUGGGCAGAUGGAAGAAUGUACUCUGGGACUUUCCGGACUGGGCUAGAGGACGGGUAUGGCGAAUACCGGGUGCCGAACAAAGUGCUGAACAAGGACGACCACUACGUGGGGUACUGGAAGGAAGGCAAGAUGUGCGGGCACGGGGUCUACAGCUAUGCUACCGGUGAGGUGUACGAAGGGUGUUUCCAGGAUAACAUGCGGCACGGGCAUGGGCUGCUGCGCAGCGGGAAGCUGACCUCUUCCUCUCCCAGCAUGUUCAUCGGGCAGUGGACAACGGAUAAGAAGUGUGGUUAUGGAGUUUUUGAUGAUAUCACAAGAGGAGAGAAGUAUAUGGGAAUGUGGCAGGAUGAUCUGUGCCAAGGCAACGGCGUUGUGGUGACUCAGUUUGGACUGUAUUACGAAGGAGCCUUCAGCACCAACAAAAUGAUGGGGACUGGAAUUCUUCUCUCUGAGGAUGAUACGGUCUAUGAGGGGGAGUUUUCAGAUAACUGGACUCUGAGUGGAAAGGGAACACUGACUUUGCCCAAUGGAGAUUAUAUUGAAGGUCUCUUCAGUGGAGAAUGGGGAUCUGGGAUAAAAAUCACAGGAACCUACUUCAAACCCAGCUUGUAUGAGAAUGAGAAGGACAAGCCUAAAGCAUUACUAACGGGUGCCUUUGUUAGGCGGAAGCUGGGGAUGCUGGCGGUGCCCCCCGACGAGAAGUGGAAGGCGGUGUUUGAAGAGUGCUGGAGCCAACUGGGCUGCGACAGCCCGGGCCAGGGCGACCGCUGGAAGGCUUGGGACAACAUCGCCGUGGCCUUGACCACCAACCGGCGCCAGCACAGGGACAGCCCAGAAUUAUUGAGCCGCUCGCAUACUCAGACACUGGAAAGUUUGGAAUUCAUUCCACAACACAUUGGUGCCUUCACCCUGGAAAAAUAUGAAAAUAUCAAAAAAUAUUUGAUAAAGGCUUGUGAUACUCCUCUGCAUCCGCUGGGCAAGCUGCUGGAAACGCUCGUAGCCGUCUACAGGAUGACCUACGUUGGCGUAGGCGCUAACCGGCGGUUGCUGCAGGAGGCCGUCAGGGAGAUCAAGUCCUACCUCAAGCGCAUCUUCCAGUUGGUUAGGUUCUUGUUUCCUGAUCUCCCGGAAGAGGGCAGCACAAUUCCAUUUGCGGCACCAGAGACAAAGGGAAGGCGAUCGUUUUGCAGUGCGAAAUCGGAUUCCAGAUCAGAGUCUCCUGAGCCAGGCUAUGUGGUAACCAGUUUUGGGUUGCUGCUCCCUGUGCUGCUGCCACGGCUCUACCCUCCUCUCUUCAUGUUGUACGCCUUAGACAAUGAGCGGGAGGAAGAUAUUUACUGGGAAUGUGUUCUGCGCCUAAACAAACAAACUGAUCUGGCUCUUCUGAGUUUUCUUGGAGUGCAAGCGAAAUUUUGGCCAGGAACCGUAUCCGUCCUUGGAGAGAGUCGGAAGGUAUCAUCAAGCACAAAGGACGCCUGCUUUGCCUCUGCAGUCGAAUGUUUGCAGCAAAUCAGCACCACGUUUACCCCAGCUGACAAGUUGAAGGUGAUCCAGCAGACUUUUGAAGAGAUCUCUCAGAAUGUACUCGAGACACUUCAGGAAGAUUUUCUGUGGUCCAUGGAUGACUUAUUUCCUGUUUUUCUCUACGUGGUGCUGCGAGCCAGGAUAAGGAAUUUGGGGUCUGAGGUGCACUUAAUCGAAGACCUGAUGGAUCCUUACCUGCAGCAUGGGGAGCAAGGCAUCAUGUUCACUACAUUGAAGGCAUGUUACUACCAGAUUCAACAUGAAAAGCUUACCUAGACCAUCAUUUACCGCCUGGCUCUGUGGGAUAAUCUGCACAGUGAAACUUCAUUCACUUCCCUGAAGUGGCGCUUGGAAAACCCUCUGCUACAGUUCUCUUGCCACAGAUGAAGAACAUUUUUGGUUGUUUCUUCAGAACUUCAAGACUGGAGAACUGCAGCCAGAGGCUGUCUAGGAAGUGGUGGUGAAGACUUGGGUUGUCAAGCACUUGCCAAGAAGAACUGAUGUCCUGUUGUAAGAGGACGGCGAUUGACUCCUUUGCGAUCAGCAGUGCUGCGAACAGGCAUCUCCUGGAGUCCGUGUGAGAGUCUGGACCGCGUGGCUUCUAAAGCACUGGGUUCGUUUUUAUGAUCCCUGGGUUGUCAACAGAGACGUUGAAAGAGAAUGAGUUGCACGGCAGAACCAUUCAGUCUUCCUGAAUUAAGCCAAUAUGUUUAUUUAAAAAAUAGAAAUAAUGUUAGUAUUUAUAAUGGGUAACCUAUAGUGUGUUUGGCUGUAAAGGUUUUGAACAGAAUUGCUGAAUUAAUGUGCUGUUGUGGAAAUAAUUGCACUGUUAUGGACUUCCCUGUUUACUAGAACUAUAAAUAUCAAGGCAUUCACCAUUCUUUCUGUUUAUGAAAUAAAUAAAAGGCACUGACCAGCUGAGAUGUUGGCACUGAAUUUAGGCCUGAGGACACACGUGUUCUCUGGAAGCCCCUGCUCUUCAACAACCCGCCUCUGGUUUAGGUUCAGACACUUUUGCCUCUUAACUCAUGUGUGUGAGUGAAAAAGCUCUUUCCCCCGGGGAUCUGUGCGUGUGCUGUGCUGUGUGGUUACCUCGAUUUAUACCACUAGUGGCCGGGGCUCGUUUGGGUAGCGCAGAUGCUGUUCGUUACCAUGUCUGACUCAAAAACGGGGUGGGAGGAAGAGACUCGUAGGGUGUUAUAAUGGCUUGAGUUCUGUCAAACUGCCAUGGGUAACGCUAAUCGUAUUUUUAAAUAGUAAUCAUGGCUUGUGUAUUGGCACCUUGGUGGAGAGAAACCAUAUGUCAAAAUACUGUUUUGAACAGUGACUGUCAUGUAGCAAUUUUCAUAAUAAAGUAAAAAAGAUUGGUCUUUCCAAA